UUAACCAAGGCCGAUAAAAACGCAAAUCAGUCAUCGUAGCAAUUUACACCCUACUUUCUUCACUUUCGUCUCAUCGAUUAAACAAACAAACAAACAUCCCCUCUUUCAAAUUCAUCCGUUACAUACAUACAUACUGAUCACCAGCAUCCUCCUGUUUACAACCCACCAAUUCUUCUUUUUCAGUGCUUUGUUUAAACGAACGAGAAGAACGUAAUCAAAUGGGCAGACCACCAAGUAACGGAGGCCCAUCUUUCCGUUUUACUCAGGCUGAGAUUGCGGAAAUGGAAGCCAUCUUGCAAGCACACAAAACAGCAAUGCCCGAACGUCAAGUUCUUGUUUCUCUAGCUGAAAAAUUCAGUAAAUCUGAAGAACGGGCGGGAAAGAUUGAAGUUCAAAUGAAACAAGUGUGGAAUUGGUUUCAAAAUAGACGAUACGCCAUCAGAGCUAAAGCAGCUAAAGCACCGGGAAACUUAAAUGCUACACAAAUGGUUCAUGAUUCAUCUAUGGUAAAAGGUGUACCUCAGGUUACUCAGGUUACACAACCGCAUGCUGCUGCUGCUGCUGCUGCUUCAGUUAAUGUUAGAUCUUUUCCUCAAGCACCACAACAUCCAACUGUUCCUUCAGCUUCGGUUAGAACGUUCCCGCAAGCACCCCAACAACCACCCGUUUUUUCAGUUCAAAGUGCAGGAAGGGUGGCAGAUAAUUCACAGAUGGAAUUUGAAGCUAAGUCUGCUAGGGAUGGUGCAUGGUAUGAUGUUUCAACCUUUAUAUCACAUAGGUCUCUUGAGACGGGUGAUCCGGAAGUUUUUGUUCGAUUUGCGGGUUUUGGAGCCGAAGAGGAUGAAUGGGUAAAUGUUCGAAAGAACGUGAGACAAAGAUCUCUUCCAUGUGAAGCAUCUGAAUGUGUAGCUGUUCUUCCUGCUGAUCUCAUACUUUGUUUUCAGGAAGGAAAAGAGCAGGCUCUGUACUUUGAUGCACAUGUUCUAGAUGCUCAAAGAAGGCGACACGAUGUGCGAGGUUGUCGUUGUAGGUUUUUGGUGCGUUAUGAUCAUGACCAAUCUGAGGAAAUUGUGGCGUUGAGGAAGAUUUGUCGUAGACCUGAAACUGAUUACAGGUUGCAGCAACUUCAUGCUGUGAACGAGUCUAUUGCUGCAAACCAGAACAAAAACGGUGCUAAUAAUAAUAAUCAUACGGUCAGCACUUUGAGAGUCUAUCCUCCAGCCGAAGUACAACCAAAGCAACAUAAAGUGGAACCAGUGGCUGUACCUUCACCGUCGCCACCCGAAGCACCACAAAAACGCCAGAGGCUAGAUUCAACGGUUGCACCAGAAGGAUCACAACCGCAGUUUAAAGCAGAACCUGUGGUGGCUAAUGUACCACAAAAUCAGCAAACAGUACAACCUGCAGUACCUGUAGUUCCUGCACGUUCAGAUGAAGUACCUGUGGUUCCUGCACGUUCAGAUGAAGUACCAGUUGAGUUGCAAAAAGUACAACCCUUGACAUCUAAUCCUAUAAUCGAAGUUGAGCCACGUAACGUAGCAGCCGAUGUACCUUCUUUAAGUGAACCAAAACCGGAACUGCGAGCAGAAGAGCAGAUAUCUGAAGCAGUGGGCCCCGUCAUUCCUCCAUCAGCUGGAGCAUUGCUAGAAGAGAAAACCGAGUUAGCUGAGCCACAGAAAGAACCGGUGGUUUCUGGCGCUUCAGUCGAAGUACCAGCGGAAUUGCUUGAUGUACAACCUGAUGUACCUGAUCAACCUCAUACAAGCGCACUAGAGACUAAAUUGGAGGACCCUGUGUUGUUUGUUUCUGUUGAUGAACCUAAUGUGGUUGAGGAGGUAAUUGAGACCAAAACCGAGGAUGUGGUGCCUGUUUCUAGUGGUGACCCUAAUGUGGUUCAGGAGGCAAUGGAGAGUAAAACAGAGGAAGCGGUGGUGCUUGUUUCUGGUAACAAUCCUAAUGUGGUUCAGGAGGCUAAAACAUAUGAAUCUGUGGUGCCUAUUGAAUCUAAUGUGGUUCAGGAGGCAAUAGAGACUAAAUCAGAGGAACCUGUGGUGCCUGUUGUGUCUAAUGUGGCUCAGGAGGUUACAACAGAGGAACCUGUGGUUCCUGUUGACCCUCAUGUGGCUCAGGAGGCUACAACCGAGGAGCCUGUGGUGCCUGUUGAGUCUAAUGUGGCACAGGAGGCUACAACCGAGCAACCUGUGGUGCCUGAUGACUCUAAUUUGGCUACUACAACCGAGGAAUCUGUGAUGCUUGUUGACUCUAAUGUGGCUCAGGAGCCUACAACCGAGGAACCUAUGGUGCCUGUUGACUCUAAUGUGGUUCAUGAGGCUACAACUGAGGAGCCUGUGGUGCCUGUUGACACUAAUGUGGCUCAGGAGGCUAAAACCGAGGAACCUGUGGUGCCUGUUGACCCUAAUGUGGUUCAGGAGGCUAAAACCGAGGAACCUGUGAUGCCUGUUGACCCUAAUGUGGUUCAGGAGGCUAAAACCGAGGAACCUGUGGUGCCGGUAAAUGAUCCUACAGCUGGGAUUGAAACUGAAAUAGAGCAGCGAAAAGUUUCAGAGAUGGAGAUUGAUGAGGAGAAGGCGGGUGAUAAUGCGGUAGAAAACAUGGACGUGACACAAGAAAAUGCUGCUGUAGCUAUGGAAGAAGGAUAGUUUAGUUUAGAAGAUGGUAGGAUUACAUGAUAUUCUUGUUUAUCAAAACUUUUAGCUGUAUUAGGGUCGGCUCUUGAUUGGUUAAAGAUAAUCAUGUCUAGAUUUACUUGGAUUUAUUAUUAAACUUAAAUGUAGCAAACUUAUAUUUUUAGUUAUCUAUGUAAUGAACUUACUUUUUCCGCAUUUAA